GCCUCGCACCACCAUCUUCUUGCUCACAUCCUGAAACCCGCCUGUCUGUUGUACGUUCUUACGACGUGACACGCUCCUCUGCAGCUAUUUCGUUUUCGAAAUCUUCGAAGUUUUUCAAGACUAUUUUCAAACCAAAUGGAAACACACAAUCAAGAUCCCGAGGAGUUCUAUGUCAAGCAAGACAGAAUUGGCAAGGGAUCUUUUGGAGAAGUUUACAAAGGUUACGACAAGAGAACACAGAAGACCGUAGCUAUCAAGAUUAUAGAUUUGGAGAGCGCAGAAGAUGAGAUUGAGGAUAUCCAGCAGGAGAUACAAAUCUUGUCGCAACUGGACUCACCUCAUGUCACGAAGUAUCAUGGAUCGUACCUGAAAGGCUCCAACCUCUGGAUUGUGAUGGAAUACUGCUCAGGUGGAUCAUGCUCCGAUCUAAUGAAGCCAGGCGUGUUCCGCGAAGAAUACAUAGCAAUAAUUGUCCGAGAACUAUUGCGAGGACUUGAAUACCUGCAUUCGGAGGGCAAACUUCAUCGUGACAUCAAAGCCGCCAAUAUUUUACUAUCCGCAGGCGGCGAAGUGAAGCUCGCCGAUUUUGGAGUUUCAGGACAACUUUCUGGCACUCUUUCCGCCAAAAAGAACACCUUUGUUGGGACGCCGUACUGGAUGUCUCCUGAAGUCAUCAAGCAAAGCGGGUAUGACCACAAAGCGGACAUAUGGAGCUUGGGUAUUACGGCCAUCGAACUGGCGAAAGGAGAGCCUCCUUACGCAGAACUACAUCCCAUGAAAGUACUGUUUCUGAUACCAAAGAACCCGCCUCCAACCCUGGACGGUAAUUUUUCAAAGCCUUUCAGAGAAUUUGUAUCAUACUGUUUACAGCGUGACCCUCGAGAACGUCCUUCUGCUCGCGAGCUACUCAAACACAAAUUCGUGCGGAUGGCCAAAAAGACGAGCUAUCUGACGGAGCUGAUUGAGAGGCAUGAACGUUGGCGAGCAGAGGGUGGAGAUCGAAUAGAUGACGAAGAUAGGGAUAUGGUGCCGGAUUUGCCAGCAAGUGGCGAUCCCGAAGAUCUCUGGGAUUUCGGUACCGUACGACACGUCAAUGACCGUGGAACUGUUGGACGUUCCCAUAACCCUGUCCAAGUCUCCGGGCCACCUCUUACAUGGGAGAACAAUGGAACACAUUCAUACGAUUCUUCUUCAUCUAGUGGUGGUUCGUCCUUCCGCCGUGACUCUAGUUAUAGUCACAAAUCAAAUGCAUCGUCGCAUGGAUCGUCCGUGACAAUGACACCGAACAACAAAGACCAGCAAGCAACGGUUCGACAUAUGCCUCCGGCAGCUGGUGCCACAACAACAGCAGCAGCGGUAGCAUCUACCCCACGUUCAGGCAACUCGCGUGUUGUUCAUAGGGAAGCCUCGGACGAGUACGAUGACGAUUUCACUUACGAAGAUGAUGAGGGGUAUGCAGGCGGGUAUCGACAGUCGGAUGAGAUAUUAGAGGAAAAGAUUUCGCGUACACACUUGACGGAUGAUGAAGUAGAGGUUCCUGACACAACAAUGUUAGAUUCAGUCAUUCUACCUGCCAUUGCUUCCCUUUUCCCUCGUGUAUCAACGCAAGAGGCCCGGGUAGCUUUGAGUGCUCUUCAGAGAGCGUUCACUGAGGCGGAACGAAUAAUUCCAGGGGUAAGUAUGGAGCUCGUCAAUGAGAUAGUUGACUCUGUUGAGCAUGUUGAGGAUGAGCGAUGAGUAUAGUGUGGACAUAGUUUACCAUGGAUCAUGGACUCCAGGUUUUUAGGAUCGGAUUUUACCUCUCUCGUUCCAUCAUUGUAUCGCCGUUGCUCUCACUGUCUAGUAAUCACUCACUGUCUUGUAUUUUGAUACCUCUCAAUGCUCAAAGCUCUCACCCAUCAUUCAG